AUGCCUUUAAGGGAUGGAAUUUUAUGGGAGAAACAAGUGCAUAAAAACGCUGACAGCAAAUUUUGUAUUUCUUUAACCGGUGAAUGUUUUGGAACUGAAGAAGAAAUGGAGAAAAGAAAACAGGAAUAUAAUGAAUGUAUAUGGUCAUGUCGUCACAUCGCAUAUGAUGAUCCUGUCCGUACUUUUAUGGAUGCAUUAGAGAUAGAAACUAAAGCAAUUGAAGAUAUUCGUAACCGAUUUUCGAUAGAUCUGAUUGCGGAUUUUUGUAAAACAGUUCAUUACAGUUAG